UGCUUCUAAUUAACAUUUAUUUUAUAUAAGCUUUGAUUUGACCUUCCCGGCGCAGCAGCAGAUGGACUACAGAUCCCACAAUCCAGUUCGGCGGAUCGGAAACGUCCGUGUUGUUUACUGCUGAGAAGCGGUGGGGAUUCAAGACAAAAGCUGGUUGUGCAACAAAGUAAGCUGUGAGGUAAAGAAGGGAUCCGAGAAUGGAGGGGGCCCACGUCAAAGAGGAGGCCACGGACGCGGAUCCGGUCCGUGUUAAAGAAGAGGCCGCUGAAUUUGACCCGGUCCAUGUUAAAGAGGAGUCCCCUGAGCUGGACGUUGUCCAAGUUGAAUACGAUCACCUAGGAUUUGAGCCUGUCUCCGUUAAGGAGGAGUCUGCGGGUCUGGGACCUGCCCCUGCUGAGUCGGAGGAGCUCCCUUCUGUGAAAACCCCGGAGGGCGAAGAAGGGGCUCUUGCCUCUGGAAGCGACCGCGGGGGUCGACAGUGCCCCGAGUGCGGGAAGACUUUUAAGCACGCGCACAGUCGCAAGGUCCACCAACGCGUUCACACGGGGGAGAAACCGUACGGCUGCUCCGAAUGUGGCAAGAGCUUCCGACAGCCAGGCCACCUGAAGGACCACCUCCGAGUCCACACAGGGGAGAGGCCCCACCAGUGCGUCGCCUGCGGGAAAGCGUUCAGCUACCUGGGGCACCUGAAAGACCACGAACGCACCCACACCGGCGCCAGACCCUUCGCUUGUCCGGUGUGCGGAAAGAGCUUCAGCCGGCUGGGCUACCUCAGAGAUCACCAGAGGAUCCACACGGGGGUGAGACCGUACGUCUGCCCCCAGUGCGGGAAGAGCUUCAGCCGACUGGGGCACUUCAGAGACCACCAGAGGAUCCACACGGGGGUGAGACCGUACGUCUGCCCCCUGUGCGGGAAGAGUUUCACCGAAUUGGGCUCGCUGAAAAAACACAGGCUGGUUCACAGCGGGCUGAAGCCCUAUCACUGCGUCGCGGUCGCCUGUGGGAAGAGUUUCAGCCAGCUGGGUAAUUUGAACCGCCACCUGCAGACCCACGCGGCCCGGGAGUCCACCGUCCGCUGCCCCGACUGCGGGAAAAAUUUUUCCGGCGACAGGAGCUUGGAGAAACACCGGAUGGCUCGCUGCGGUUCGAAAACGCAUCUCUGCCCGGACUGCGGGAAAAGUUUCGCCAAACCGGCCGGGCUGAAAAGACACCUUUUGGUCCACACCGGCGAAAAAAGGUACCUGUGCGCGGAUUGCGGGAAGAGUUUCCGAGACCUGUACUGCCUGAAAAUCCACCGGCGCAUCCACACGGGAGAGGAUCUGUUUUCCUGUGAAGAGUGCGGGAAAAAUUUCAACCUGCUUCGCAGCCUGAAAAUCCACCAGCAGCUGCACACGGGGGUGAAACCGUAUUCCUGCCAGGAAUGCGGGAAGAGUUUUUCCAAGCCGGGAUGCUUGAAGCGACACCAGCGGAUCCACACCGGAGCGAAGCCAUAUCACUGCGUCGACUGCGGGAGGAGUUUCCGGCACCUGAACACUUUCAAGGUCCACCAGCAGAUUCACACGGGGGUGAAACCGUACAGCUGCGAAGAUUGUGGAAAGACUUUCAGACACAUGCAUACGUUUAAAAAACACAAGCGGGCUCACGCGACUUCGAACGAAUAGAUUUAUUAUUAAUAUUAUUAUUAUUAUUAUUAUUAUUAUUAUUAUUAUUAUUAUUAUUAUUAUUUAGUCAUUUAGCAGGUGUUUUUAUCCAUAGAGGCUAGAGGGGGUGAACUCUGCGUCAUCAACUGCUGCUGCUGCUGCUGCAGAGUCACUUCCAAUAGGAGCUCGUUUGUUUGACGUCUCAUCCGAAGGACGGAGCACAAGGAGGUGAAGCGACUCGCUCAGGGUCACACACACACACACACACACACACACACACAGGGAGUCAGCGGCUGAGCCGGGAUUUGAACCUCCUGGUA